AUGAAAGAGCCACCUCUCUCUCGCCGUAAAAACCCCACCACCAACCACCACCACGCCGCCCAGCCCACUAGGCCCGCCAACCACCACCACCGCACCCACCUCAAGCUCGUCUGCCGCUUCAACGGCGCCUUCCACCUCCGGCCUCCCUCCGGCCUCCUCCACUACUCCGGCGGCGACGCCAAGAUCGUCACCGUCGACCGCCCCGUCAGCUUCUCCAAGCUCCUCUCCAAGAUCUCCGGUCUCUCCCCCGGCAUUGCCUCCUUCGUCAUCAGGUACCAGCUCCCCUACUCCGUAUCCGGCCCCGCCGCCGCAGCGCCGCUCGUCCGCCUCGACUCCGACGACGACGUCCGCCGCAUGGUCGACUCCUUCGACAAGCUCGAGAGCUGCGGUGGUAUGUCCGUCAGGCUCAAGCUCUUCGUUUGUAGCGCUAACGGAGCCGGGUCGUGUUACCGGGUCGGGUCAGAGACCCGGACCCGGUCGGAUGAUGUGAAGGCGGCGGCGGUUAAGAAACAAGAUUCUCUGAGGAGAAUUGUGUUGAAGCAGGUGGCCAAGCAAUCGGGUCCGGAUUCGGGUUUGGGCCGUGCUAGUGAGAGUGAGGUGGAGCUUGGUGAGACCAAGCAAUGUGAAGCAUAUGAACCCUUGCUUAGAGAUUUAGAGUCUCAUUGUGACAAUGUGGCUCAGUUUUCCGUGGGUAGGUCUAGUCCAUUGAACCCCAGAGAUGGGAAUUUGAGGGGUGAUCAAGCUUUGGGGAAGGUUUUGUGUAAUGGGGUUGGAGUGGCUGAUCAGUCAGUGUUGGCAAUGCAGGGUUUGAAGCCGGUGAAUUGCUCCGGUGUGACGAAGCCGGGGAGUAAUGGUUUUCAUGUUAAGAAGGAUAUGGGGCAGAAUGGGGUGGCUGGGAUUGGUAAUGGUAGUUUAGUGAAGAAUGGUUUGAGUUGUCAUUGUUGUGGUGAAACUAUGAUUCCCUUGUAUGCUGGCGAUAGGGUGUGUGACGGGUUGAGUAGCAGCAUCAGGAACCAUAGGUUUAGUAGGGAAGAAGCUAGACAUCAGCAGUGUAUUCCUUUUUGUGUUAGGAAUCAUAGGAGGAGCAACAUAGCUGAGAAGGGGAACCAUAGAAUUGUUAGAUUGGAUGGGAGGGUUUCGACAAGGAAAUGCUGCCUUGUGAUCAGGCCGCAUAUGAGUAUUUCAAAGGAGGGUAAGGCUGUGAGACUGUAUCAUCCCUAUUCAUUGCCGCAUUAUGCUGAUAGGGUGAGGAUGAGGAAAGCUAGCUCAAUCAAAGACAGGUCCUUGAGUGGUGUCCAACAUAGUGCCCAGAAGGGAAGUAAACAGAACGGUCCUGGACUUUUACAGCAUCUGAAAAUGAAUCUUGAGGAAAAUUGCUUAGGUUAUUAUGGUGAGUUUACUAGAGUGGGUGGUCAAUCAGUAGUGAACUGUGAUUCUACUGAGAAUUUGUAUCCAUCUGUGAGGAAUAUGGACACUCAGGAAAAUCUCAUAACUGUGUCUGGUUUUGGGAAGUGUGAAGGUCAAUAUCAGACUUCAUAUGAAAAUGUUCAUGGAGUGACCAGCAAAUGUGAGCCUAUUCAUAGAGAUGUUGACAAUGAGACAUGCCUAAAAGUCAUGGUGAACGCUCCUAACACCUCAGGCACCAUUGAUAAUAAGUUGCCUGGUGAGGAAACAGUCAACAAUUCUUUAGGCAAUUCCCAAAAUGGCAGUAAUAACAUACAAGAUUUAUGGAAUGGAGUAACAUGUUCAGUGAAUAGAUCUUUGCGUGAUCUUUCACUGUCCAAAGAAGUGGAAGGUCCUCAGCUCUCUUCUCAUGCUAGCUGUGUGGUGACUUCUGACGCCUUGCUAAAACCUCAAUCAAAACCGAUGGAUAUCAUGGAUGUAGGACAGUUUAUCACGAGUCCUCAAGUCAAGGAAUCAAAUGAAGUCAAAUCUAAUCCUUCAUUCCAGAAUUUAGCUAAGAUAGAGAAAGGCAGUGAGCAUGUUGAGGAGGAUCGACAGGAAUCUCCAUCUAGUUUAAGCUCUACUGAAGAGGCCAACCAUGGAAAUAGUCUUAGUUGCUCUAAGGUAAUUGGUGGAACCUCCAAUGAUCUGGCUGCAUUUUAUACUCAUCUAGCCACUCGAGAGCUGCAGUCUAUCAGAAACUCUGACCUUGAGUUCAUAAAAGAGCUUGGUUCAGGCACAUAUGGAACCGUUUACCAUGGGAAAUGGAAGGGAUCUAAUGUUGCCAUAAAAAGGAUCAAGCCAUGUUGCUUUACAGAUGGGGUAUUGGAGGAUAGAUUGCUUGCUGACUUUUGGAAGGAAGCUCACAUAUUAGGUCAACUUCACCAUCCAAACAUUGUGGCAUUCUAUGGUGUAGUGACAGAUGGACCAGUGACAGAUUUGGCAACGGUGACAGAAUACAUGGUGAAUGGCUCCUUAAGACAAGUUUUGCGGAGGAAAGACCGGACUAUUGAUCGUAGGAAGCGGAUGAUAUUAGCAAUGGAUGCAGCCUUUGGAAUGGAAUAUCUUCACGAGAAGAGCAUUGUCCAUUUUGAUUUGAAAUCACAUAACUUUCUGGUGAAUAUGAGGGAUCCUCAGAGACCAGUAUGCAAGAUUGGUGAUCUGGGAUUAUCAAAAAUCAAGCAGAGGACACUCGUCUCUGGUGGAGUACGAGGCACUGUACCAUGGAUGGCUCCAGAACUUUUGAACAGCAACAGCAAGAAUAAUCUGGUGACAGAGAAGGUUGAUGUGUAUUCGUUUGGAAUAGUUAUGUGGGAACUAUUGACUGGUGAGGAGCCAUAUGCAAACUUGCGCUCAGAGGAAAUAAUAGGUGGUAUAAUCAAGGGCAAUCUCCGUCCUGAAAUACCAAGCUGGUGUGAUCCAACAUGGAGAUCACUAAUGGAGAGAUGCUGGUCAUCUGAUCCGGAAUCUAGGCCACCAUUCUCAGAAAUCUCAAAGGAGUUACGUGCAAUGGCUGCUGCUAUGAACAUUAAGUGA